UUUGUGGUUUCUUUGUGGUGUGCUUAUGCAAAGUGGAAGUAUUUCAGACUUGUAUAGCUUAUUUCUUUUAGUUUCAAACACCACAAGAAAAAAGGAACUAAUUAUCUUUUAAAUGUUUUAAUUAGACAUUAAAUUAAGUCAUUACUUAGCUAAAUGCAAGAUCUUUUGUUCGUUAGAGUGAAAGAAAAUGUGUCAUUUUAAUGGAAGAGGGAUUUUAAAUGUGCCCUUAUUUGAUAAUUUUGAUGCCGAAUGUAAUAAGUGUAUGCUUAAUUUAUUCAGUGAAUAUUUAUUAUCUUUGAGUGGCUUAAUCACUGGUUAAUCAUUGGUAAGAAGACACAUAACAAUGAAAGAUUAAAUGCAACAACAUUCCAAGAGCUGUUGCAAGGUAAUACAGGAGUGAGCUGUACAGACACUCACAUGAGGACCACCGUGGUAUCGGAAGACAUGGUGGUUUGCAUAGGUAGAAGGGGGACGUGCUGGGCAGUCAUGGUGGGGAAGACUUGGGAGGUGAGCAUGAGCCUUGCAGAUCUCUGGAGCAGCUCUGUCCAAUAGAACUUUGUGCAGUGAUGGCAGUGUUCUAUAUUUGCGCUGUCCAACACGACAGCCACUACAAGUGGCUAUUGAGCACUUAAAGUGUGGCUAGUGAAACCUUGGAGAGCUGCAUUUUAAAUUUUAAUUUCUGUUUAAAUAGCCACCUGUGGCUAUUAUUAUUGGACAAAAGUGAAUGGAUAGAAAACAAAGAUGGGAGAGUUAGUGAUCUGGAGCACAGGCGAUGACAUAUUAGCCAUGGUAAGAAGGGAGAAUUGUCUGAGAAAGCAGCAGAAUGGGGUUCAAGUUAGAAAGGGAAGCAUAUGGCAGAGCUCAUGCCAGCCUGUGCUGAUUUUGCCUGUAGUGUAGAGGCAGGUCCUUUCAUUGGGAUGGUGAGGUGGGGAAGUCAGCAGAUGGUACUGGAAGAUUAAAAAUAUUGGAGAAGUUUUGGAAGAAUUGUAGGUGGCGUGCCAGGAAAUCUAUGAGAAUUCAAAGUCUAAGCAGUAGAAGGGAACCUGAAGUGAAGUUCAGUGUGGAUGGAGAGAAGAUUAGGUACUUGUUGCUCUCUAGUAGAACUUGGUGGCCAGGUAGUAAGAUUGGAGGGAAAUGUUGGUAGAGAUGAUUCUGGCCUAGGGAUAGCAAAUCGGUUAAGAAAUGAGGUUCUAGAAUCAGGAUGCUUGGGUUUGAAGUCCAAGCCCCAACCCUUACUGCUUUUUAUAACUUUGGGAAAGCUAUCUACCACUAACUUUUGUACCUUGCUUUUCCUCAUUUAAAAAAAAAGCGUACCAGCCUCAGGAUUGAUUGUAAGAUGAGAUGAGUUAUACUUCCAUAUUUCAUCUAAUCGAAGAUGAUGCCAAUUGUAAGAUAAUGAUUUCAUGUACUAUUGAAAAAACUGUCAAUUAGACAUGAGAUAUCAUUGAUUAUAAGUUUCCUGGUUUCAGUUGCUAAAAUGGGAGAGGGGGAGGAGGUGCAUCUUUUACAGUCAGUAAAACACAGAAUACAAACACCAAGGACGUAGCAUAGGAUCUGGCACAUAAAAAGCACUUGGGAAAUGUUAUUUAUAACAUUUAUAAAAAUCAAUGUGAUUUUAGGGUCCAGAAUGUUAAUGAGCACAGUAUCGAAUCCAAUCUAGAUAAGGGGGGUCACAGGUUAUAAGGAGUCUAAAUGGACCAAAUGAAUUGAGAAGCGUUAAGCAAUGAGAAUGCUGGUAAUGAAGUUGUGAAAUAUCAAGUGUGGGAAUUUGUAAAUAGAGCAUUUCCCUGACAAUUCUAGAUAAAAGUUUUUAAGAAAAGUGUAGUUAAUUGGACUAAGAGAAGAAUGCCUUUUAAUGAUUUUAAAAAGUUAUUUAAAUUGCCCAGACAGAGCUUUAAAAAGUAUUCUGAAUUUAUCAGUGGCCUUUCUUAUAGCAUUCAUUAGUGUCAAAACAUUUUUUUUUCAUUUCAGCAACAUAUGCUCAGUGCAGAAAGCUGUGGCAUGGAUUCUUGUCAGUGUCAAGAGGAAAGGGGGAUUGAUUUGUACCAUUUCAAGAGAUGGAGAGGCGCUGACUUUGGGUUACUUUUUGAAACACUAGGAAUGGUAAUUUCUACUUUUCAGGACCUCAAAACCAAGAAGCUAAAGAGAAUUCUUUGUAAAUAAAGGGAACUUGCUUCUGUCGUCGUUUUGCAUUUUGGAGACUCCUUUAUUUCACCAUAUACAAGGAGUGUAUAACUAGUGCCGUCACUAUGAACGUGACCAGUUUAUUUUCCUUCACAAGUCCAGCUGUGAAGAGACUUCUUGGAUGGAAACAGGGCGAUGAAGAAGAAAAAUGGGCAGAGAAAGCUGUUGAUGCUUUGGUGAAAAAACUGAAGAAAAAGAAAGGGGCCAUGGAGGAACUGGAAAAGGCCCUGAGCUGCCCGGGGCAGCCCAGUAACUGUGUCACCAUUCCUCGCUCUCUGGAUGGCAGGCUGCAAGUUUCCCACCGGAAGGGACUGCCUCAUGUCAUUUACUGCCGCGUGUGGCGCUGGCCCGACCUUCAGAGCCACCAUGAACUAAAACCACUGGAAUGCUGUGAGUUUCCUUUUGGUUCCAAGCAAAAGGAGGUGUGCAUCAAUCCCUACCACUAUAAGCGAGUAGAAAGCCCUGUUCUUCCUCCAGUGCUGGUUCCAAGACACAGCGAGUAUAAUCCUCAGCACAGCCUCUUGGCUCAGUUCCGUAACUUAGGACAAAAUGAGCCUCACAUGCCACUCAACGCCACUUUCCCGGAUUCCUUCCAGCAACCCAACAGCCACCCGUUUCCUCAUUCUCCCAACAGCAGCUACCCAAAUUCUCCUGGGAGCAGCAGCAGCACCUACCCUCACUCGCCCACCAGCUCAGACCCAGGAAGCCCUUUCCAGAUGCCAGAUGUUCAGGCGGUUGCUUAUGAGGAACCCAAACACUGGUGCUCUAUUGUCUACUACGAGCUCAAUAACCGUGUGGGUGAAGCGUUCCAUGCCUCCUCCACAAGUGUGUUGGUGGAUGGCUUCACUGAUCCUUCCAACAAUAAGAACCGUUUCUGUCUUGGGCUGCUAUCCAAUGUUAAUCGGAAUUCCACUAUUGAAAACACUAGGCGGCACAUCGGAAAAGGAGUCCAUCUUUAUUAUGUUGGAGGGGAGGUAUAUGCCGAGUGCCUCAGCGAUAGUAGCAUCUUUGUGCAAAGUCGGAACUGCAACUACCAUCACGGAUUUCAUCCUACUACUGUUUGCAAGAUCCCGAGUGGGUGCAGUUUGAAAAUUUUUAAUAACCAAGAAUUUGCUCAGUUACUGGCACAGUCUGUGAACCACGGCUUUGAGACCGUCUACGAGCUCACAAAAAUGUGUACUAUACGCAUGAGCUUUGUGAAGGGUUGGGGAGCAGAAUACCACCGCCAAGAUGUUACUAGCACCCCCUGCUGGAUUGAGAUCCAUCUGCAUGGCCCCCUCCAGUGGCUGGAUAAAGUUCUUACUCAGAUGGGUUCACCUCACAAUCCUAUUUCUUCUGUGUCUUAAAUGGCCCCAGGCUUCUGCCUCUUGCAAACUAUUGAGCCUUGCAUGUACUUGAAGGAUGGAUGAGUCAGACACGACUGAGAACUGACAAAGAAGCCUUGAUAAUACUUGACUUCUGUGACCAACUGUUGGAUUCAGAAAUUUAAAAAACCUUGGUAACAUACUGUUGAUAUCAAGAACCUGUUUAGUUUACAUUCUAACAUUCUAUCGUAAAAUCACCUACAACGCCUACAUUUAGCAGGACUUUGUGUAUAGUUAAAGGAGAGAUGGCCAAGCCAGGGACAAAUUAUCUGUUGGAAAAAACGGUCCUAAGAGAUUCUUUUGUGUUUGGCACUUUAAGGUCAUCGUUUGGCAGAAGUUUAGCAUUAAUAGUCUUUCUGAAGUGUGUGUUUUUUUUCAGGUCUAGAGCCCGUGUUGAGUCUUCUGUUCAUGGGUUUUCAUAAUAUUUUAAAACUAUUUGUUUAGUAAUGGUUUUUGUUUGUUUGUUUUUUUAAGUAACGGUUAAUCUUGAUGAUAUACAUAAUAAUCUUUCUAAAAUUGUAUGCUAACCAUACUGCUGUCAGAAUAAUGUUAGGCAUAUGCUCUUUGCUAAAUAUAUCUGUACAGAAUAUUUGGAAGUUAAGAAUUAAUUAGACUAGUGGAUUUAGGAGUAUUUGAGGGGGUGGGGGGUACGGGAAAUGACAACUGCAGAUGUAGAAUAUACUGUAAAAAUUCAGUUUGCUGUUUUAAAGAAACAAACUGAUGUCUGAAUUUUGCUGUGUUUCAAUUUUUUAGAGAUUUUAUCUUACUUUUUUUUUUUUUUUUUUGCAUCUUCUAUCUCAUUCGCUCCAAAAAGCAGUUAUGCAGCUGGUUAAUUCAUAUAACUGUGAGAGCAAAUGAAUAAUUCCUGCUAUUCUGAAAUUGACUGCCUAUAUGUUUCAAUAUCAGUUGUAUGGAGUGCUUGAAUUUUAAUAAGCAGUUUUUAUGGAGUUUACAGUAAAAAAAUAGGCUUUAAUUUUCAAGUGAAUUGUUUGCCAAACCUAGUAACUCUGUUAAAUAUUUGGAGGGUUUCAAGAACAUCCUUGUUUAAAUCCAUUUCAGACUUUUUAAAUUUUUUUGUACUCUGUUUGGUUUUAUUUUUCUUCUGCUAAUCUUUUAUAUUCACUUAUGCUCUCGUACAUUGAGUACUUUUAUUCCAAAACUAGUGGGUUUUCUCUACUGGAAAUUUUAAAUAAACCUGUCAUUAUUGCUUA